GAUACCCAGCCGACGGUAGGGGUAAGUCGAAGUGUGCGCUGGCUGAGACUCGCUUGUUUAGCCAGUAGCCAACUAGACUCCGCAAACGCCGCCAGACAGCGCCAGUGUUGUUCCUGUUUGGUGACUUCGCGCGCAGUGAAUCACGUGCUUGUGAUGACCACCCCCUAGGCCCCCGACGAGACCUGGAGCCCCAGCACCUCACCGGAGACGUCGAGCGUUGCGAUACUUCUGCUUCCGACGAAUCAGGAUGCGAGGCUGACAUGGCAGAAGGGAGUGUCGAAGAAGACAGCGGCGACAUGUUAGGCCCCACAGCGGCACCGAUUCUUCAGACUCCUGCUCCUUCUAACUUGAGCGUCAAAGACGAGCAGGAGAGCGACUGCGAGAGCAGCGUCGGGUCGCCAGAGCCGGCGUCGGGGGUGGAAGGCAGCACGGACCUGACGCUGGGCAAGGGGAUCCAUGGGCGGCUGGAGGAGGGCAUGGGUGCCGAGUCCAAAAUGUCGCCCAACGUGUCAGCAGCGGCCCAUCUCAACGGAAUGGCUGGUUUAGUAACGCUGCAGAACCUCCAGAACUUGGCAUCCUUACAACAGAGUCUUCCCCAAGUGGCCUCGCUGGCGGCCGGUUUGCAAAACAUGGCCGGACUGACGGGCAGCCCCGUAGUGAACGCACCACUUAACCUCAGCGUCAGUGCUUCAGUGGCCACCCCCAGGACAAGUCAGUCAGGAAGCACAGAAGCCACUUUAAACCCUUCGCAGACUACGGGGGCAGCGCUGCCGCCCCCACCAAAUCCCCUUUUGUCUUCGCAACAACCGGCACCGAUGCCUCAGUUUAUCCUGGCCUCUGGACAACUCGUUCAAGGAAUUCAAGGAGCUCAACUGCUCAUACCCACGUCACAAGGUCUAGCAACUCAGACAAUCUUGACAAUUCCAGUAAAUCAUGUAAAUAGUUCCGAUCAAAUGGUUAACUUAGCCUUAAAUAAUGGACAAGUGGUUACGACGUCUUUAGCGAAUCUUCAGGCGAUGGCUCAGACGAACCUUCUCAACAACACCACAACCACUGUGCCGACGACAAACGGCAGUCUCGGCUCCAACCUCCUCAACCCAGGCUCUCUUGGUCACCUUCUGUCCAACGGGUCUCCUCAGCAACUGCUCCAAACGAUGCCCCAGAUGCUGAGCAACCCCCACACGACGAAUCCCACCCCCUUACUCAACCCCUUAACGCAACCCCUUCUUUCGACAGCACCCACGUUGCUGACAACUCCCACGUCCCAGUCCACCCCUCCUCACAGGAACCCCAUGAUAACCAGCAACUACACCGACCCGAAAUUGCACCACCAGCAGCCAUUGUCCAGAAACUCGUCGCCGCCCAAUGUUAGUCCCAUGAACAGGCUGUCUACUAGCAACGGCGAGCUUACCAUCACGACGUCGGCAGGACCUGUUCCUAGUCAGAAUUUGAAGAGGUCGCCGUCGUCGCUUUCGCCAAAUUGUACAGAUAGUUCUACGGCGGAUCUUCUAGUGGAUUCUCCAAAUCAACCUACCAUAAACCAAACGAGUAGUAACGUGGUAGACGGCAUAAACCUCGACGAAAUAAAAGACUUCGCCAAAGCGUUCAAACUUCGCCGCUUGUCGCUGGGACUUACCCAAACCCAAGUGGGCCAAGCCCUAAGCGUCACCGAGGGUCCAGCUUAUAGUCAAAGCGCAAUCUGCAGUGCCCUGGCGUCUCAGAUGUUUGCAGCCGCGCAACUUUCGUCACAGCAGCAAGCGAUGUUUGAGAAAUUAGAUAUCACACCAAAGAGUGCGCAGAAAAUUAAGCCUGUACUGGAGAGGUGGAUGAAGGAGGCAGAAGAAAGUGUGCUUAAUUCUAGAUACAAGAGCGGCCAAAAUCACUUAACCGACUUCAUCGGCAUAGAGCCGUCUAAGAAAAGGAAAAGAAGAACGUCCUUCACCCCUCAAGCUCUAGAACUUUUGAAUGCACAUUUUGAGCGAAACACACAUCCUUCAGGCACGGAGAUAACCGGUUUAGCCCAUCAGCUGGGAUACGAAAGAGAAGUGAUAAGGAUAUGGUUCUGCAACAAGAGACAGGCUUUGAAAAACACCGUUCGAAUGAUGUCGAAAGGAAUGGUGUAAAACGUCUGUGAUUUGACUAUAAACAGUUCAAGUGUAAAUACUCGUAUACAAUCAAUUUUUGUAAAUAAUCGUGUAUAAAAAUUUCAAGGAUUGUUGUUAUUGUGUGAUUGGUACGAUGUAAGAUUUGACGAUUCAAAGAUGCCACAACACUCCUUUUUUAUUAUUUAUUGCAGUUGGCCGAAUUGCACCGAAACAGAGCGCGCACUUAAAUUAUUAUUUUAAAUUAUCCUGAUUGUAAUAAAUUGAUUCAAAGUGA